AUGUCUCAGAAGAUCAAGGCAGGGUCGGUGGUGGAGAUGCAGGGGGAUGAGAUGACCAGAGUCAUCUGGGAGCUCAUUAAAGAAAAGCUCAUCUUCCCCUACCUGGAGAUGGACCUGCACAGGUGAGUUACACAUGCUGAUACACCUGGUACUGUAUUCAUUAGUGAACACUGUAGCAAAGCGUUUUGCAAUGAAAAUGAGCGCUUCUUAUUGGACAAAUUCAGGUAGCCCCUCCCGGUUUUGGCACAUUACCCCCCCCACGUUUGCUUUCUAGUGACUAUGACCCAGCUGACACACACACCUGGGACAGUGGGGUGCAAUUUUUAUAGAAAACACAACAGAUACAACUAGAAUGUAUAGAGCUCAGUCGGAUUUGUUCUGAAUCUACGUGAUAGGCAAGCAUGUGUUUUUCUAUACAGUAUAUGUCUAUCUGAAGGUUCUGUAACAAUGCACCAAUGGGAGGGGAGGUAGGGGGUUGUUAAUGGGGGGUCGGGGUAGAAGACUUGUCACACCAGAUGAGCUUGUCAACACCUGCUUCAGCUCCUCUGUGAUUCAGGUUUUACCUGAUUGUCAAUACUCUCUGUAAUGCCCAGAGUUUUUCCUGGUCAGGUCAGGUCCCUAUAGGUUUCAGGAGUACACACAUGUGAUGUGGAAAUGCUAAUAGUAGCUGUGCACUUCGCUAACCCUUGACACUAGCACAAUAUCUGGGUGUAAUUGUAGUAACAUACAGGAACUCAAGUCCUUUUGUUCACCCGACCUAGAAUACCUCACAAUCAAAUGCAGACCGUAUUAUCUCCCAAGAGAAUUUUCCUCAGUUAUAGCCAUGGCUGUUUAUAUCCCCCCUCAAGCCGAUACCACGACGGCCCUCAAAGAACUUCACUGGACAUCAUGCAAACUGGAAACCACAUAUCCUGGGGCUGCAUUUAUUGUAGUUGGGGGUUUUAACAAAGCAAAUUUUGAGGACUAAGCUGCCGAGGUUCUAUCAACAUGUCGACUGUAGUACUCGCGCUGCUAAAACACUGGACCACUGUUAUUCAAACUUCCGCGAUGCUUACAAGGCCCUCCCCCGCCCUCCUUUCGGCAAAUCUGACGACAACUCAAUUUUACUUCUCCCUUCCUAUAGGCAGAAACUCAAACAGGAAGUACCCGUGCUAAGGACUAUUAAACACUGGUCUGACCAAUCGGAAUCCACGCUUCAGGAUUGUUUUGAUCUCGCGGACUGGGAUAAAAAAUAAUUUAGACGAAUACACCGAUACGGUAACUGAGUAUAUCAGGAAGUGUAUAGGAGAUGUCGUACCCACUGUGACUAUUAAAACCUACCCUAACCAGAAACCGUGGAUACAUGGCAGCAUUCGCGCAAAACUGAAAGAGCGAACCACCGCAUUUAACCAUGGCAAGGUGACUAGGAAUAUGGCAGAAUGCAAACAGUGUAGUUAUUCACUCCGCAAGACUAUCAAACAAGCAAAACGUCAGUAUAGAGACAAAGUGGAUUCGCAAUUCAACGGCUCUUACACGAGACGUAUGUGGCAGGGUCUACAGACAAUCACGGACUACAAAAGGAAAACCAGCCACGUCGCCGAGACCGACGUCUUGCUUCCGGACAAGCUAAACACCUUCUUCGCCCACUUUGAGGAUAACACAGUGCCACCAACUAGGCCCACUACCAAGGACUGUGGGCUCUCCUCCUCAGUGGCCGACGUGAGUAAAACAUUUAAACGUGUUAACCCUCGCAAGGCUGCCGGCCCAAACGGCAUCCCUAGCCGCGUCCUCAGAGCAUGCGCAGACCAGCUGGCUGGUGUGUUUACGGACAUGUUCAAUCUCUCCCUAUCCCAGUCUGCUGUCCCCACAUGCUUCAAGAUGGCCACCAUUGUUCCUGUACCCAAGAAAGCAAAGGUAACUGAACUAAACGACUAUCGCCCAGUAGCACUCACCUCUGUCAUCAUGAAGUGCUUUGAGACUAGUCAAGGAUGACAUCACCUCUACCUUACCUGCCACCCUAGACCCACUUCAAUUUGCUUACCGCCCCAAUAGAUCCACAGACGAUGCAAUCGCCAUCACUCUGCACACUGCCCUAUCCCAUCUGGACAAGAGGAAAUCCUAUUUAAGAAUGCUGUUCAUUGACUAUAGCUCAGCAUUCAACACCAUAGUACCCUCCAAGCUCAUCAUUAAGCUCGAGGCCCUGGGUCUGAACCCCGCCCUGUGCAACUGGGUCCUAGAUUUCCUGACGGGCCGCUCCCAGGUGGUGAAGGUAGGAAACAACUCCUCCACUUCGCUGAUCCUCAACACUGGGGCCCCACAAGGGUGCGUGUUUAGCCCACUCCAGUACUCCCUGUUCACCAUGACUGCACGCCUCCAACUCAAUCAUCAAGUUUGCAGACGACACAACAGUAGUAGGCUUGAUUACCAACAAUGACGAGACAGCCUACAGGGAGGAGGUGAGGGCUCUGAGAGUGUGGUGCCAGGAAAAUAGCCUCUCACUCAACGUCAACAAAACAAAGGAGAUGAUCGUGGACUUCAGGAAACAGCUGAGGGUCCACCACCCCCCUAUCCACAUCGACGGGACCGCAGUGGAGAAGGUGGAAAGCUUCAGGUUCCUUGGCGUACACAUCACUGACAAACUGAAAUGGACCACCCACACAGACAGCGUGGUGAAGAAGGCGCAACAGAGCCUCUUCAAUCUCAGGAGGCUAAAGAAAUUUGGCUUGGCACCAAAAACCCUCACAAACUUUUACAGAUGCACAAUUGAGAGCAUCCUGUCGGGCUGUAUCACCGCCUGGUACGGCAACUGCACCGCCCGCAACCGCAAGGCUCUCCAGAGUGUGGUACGGUCUGCCCAACGCAUUGCAAAAAUCUCUGAAGCUGGAGACACUUAUCUCCCUCACUAACUUUAAGCAUCAGUUGUCAGAGCACCUUACCGAUCACUGCACCUGUACACAGCCCAUCUGAAAUUAGCCCGCCCAACUACCUCAUCCCUAUAUUGUUAUUUAUUUUGCUCAUUUGUACCCCAGUAUCUCUAUUUGCACAUCAUCUCUUGCACAUCUAUCAUUCCAGUGUUAAUACUAAUUGUAAUUAUGUUGCACUAUAGCCUAUUUAUUGCCUUACCUCCAUAACUUGCUACAUUUGCACACACUGUAUAUAUAUUUAUUUCUGUUGUAUUUUUGACUUUGUUUUGUUUUACCCCAUAUGUAACUCUGUGUUGUUGUUUUUAUCGCACUGCUUUGCUUUAUCUUGGCCAGGUCGCAGUUGUAAAUGAGAACUUGUUCUCAACUGGUUUACCUGGUUAAAUAAAGGUGAAAUAAAAAAAAUUACAGGGGGCAAACUACCCGCCCUACAGCACCCGAUGUCACAGGAAGGCCAUCAAGGACAUCAACCACCCGAGCCACUGCCUGGUCACCCCGCUAUUAUCCAGAAGGAGAGGUCAAUACAGGUGCAUCAAAGCUGGGAACGAGAGGCUGAAAAACAGCUUCAAUCUCAAGGCCAUCAGACUGUUAAACAGCCAUCACUAGCACAUUAGAGGCUGCUGCCUAUAGACAUAAACUAGAAAUCACUGGCCACUUUAAGAAAUGGAACACUAGCCACUUAGUGUUUAUAUAUCUUGCAUUACAUCUCCCGAGUGGCGCAGUGGUCUAAGGCACUGCAUCGCAGUGCUAGCUGUGCCACUAGAGAUCCUGGUUUGAAUCCAGGCUCUGUAGUAGCUGGCCGUGACCGGGAGACCCAUGGGGCGGCGCACAAUUGGCCCAGCGUCGUCCAGGGUAGGGGAGGGAAUGGCCGGCAGGGAUGUAGCUCAGUUGGUAGAGCAUGGCGUUUGCAACACCAGGGUUGUGGGUUCGAUUCCCACGGGGGGCCAGUAUGAAAAUAAUAAUAAUGUAUGCACCCACUAGCACCCACUAACUGUAAGUCGCUCUGGAUAAGAGUGUCUGCUAAAUGACUAAAAUGUAAAUUACUCAUCUCAUAUGUACAGUGGGGAAAACAAGUAUUUAGUCAGCCACCAAUUGUGCAAGUUCUCCCACUUAAAAGAUGAGAGAGGCCUGUCAUUUUCAUCAUAGGUACACGUCAACUAUGACAGACAAAUUGAGAAGAAAAAAAUCCAGAAAAUCACAUUGUAGGAUUUUUAAUGAAUUUAUUUGCAAAUUAUGGUGGAAAAUAAGUAUUUGGUCACCUACAAACAAGCAAGAUUUCUGGCUCUCACAAACCUGUAACUUCUUCUUUAAGAGGCUCCUCUGUCCUCCACUCGUUACCUGUAUUAAUGGCACCUGUUUGAACUUGUUAUCAGUAUAAAAGACACCUGUCCACAACCUCAGUCACACUCCAAAUUCCACUAUGGCCAAGACCAAAGAGCUGUCAAAGGAAACCAGAAACAAAAUUGUAGACCUGCAUCAGGCUGGGAAGACUGAAUCUGCAAUAGGUAAGCAGCUUGGUUUGAAGAAAUCAACUGUGGGAGCAAUUAUUAGGAAAUGGAAGACAUACAAGACCACUGAUAAUCUCCCUCGAUCUGGGGCUCCACGCAAGAUCUCACCCCGUGGGGUCAAAAUGAUCACAAGAACAGUGAGCAAAAAUCCCAGAACCACACGGGGGGACCUAGUGAAUGACCUGCAGAGAGCUGGGACCAAAGUAACAAAGCCUACCAUCAGUAACACACUACGCCGCCAGGGACUCAAAUCCUGCAGUGCCAGACGUGUCCCCCUGCUUAAGCCAGUACAUGUCCAGGCCCGUCUGAAGUUUGCUAGAGUGCAUUUGGAUGAUCCAGAAGAGGAUUGGGAGAAUGUCAUAUGGUCAGAUGAAACCAAAAUAUAACUUUUUGGUAAAAACUCAACUCGUCGUGUUUGGAGGACAAAGAAUGCUGAGUUGCAUCCAAAGAACACCAUACCUACUGUGAAGCAUGGGGGUGGAAACAUCAUGCUUUGGGGCUGUUUUUCUGCAAAGGGACCAGGACGACUGAUCCGUGUAAAGGAAAGAAUGAAUGGGGCUAUGUAUCGUGAGAUUUUGAGUGAAAACCUCCUUCCAUCAGCAAGGGCAUUGAAGAUGAAACGUGGCUGGGUCUUUCAGCAUGACAAUGAUCCCAAACACACCGCCCGGGCAACGAAGGAGUGGCUUCGUAAGAAGCAUUUCAAGGUCCUGGAGUGGCCUAGCAAGUCUCCAGAUCUCAACCCCAUAGAAAAUCUUUGGAGGGAGUUGAAAGUCCGUGUUGCCCAGCGACAGCCCCAAAACAUCACUGCUCUAGAGGAGAUCUGCAUGGAGGAAUGGGCCAAAAUACCAGCAACAGUGUGUGAAAACCUUGUGAAGACUUACAGAAAACGUUUGACCUGUGUCAUUGCCAACAAAGGGUAUAUAACAAAGUAUUGAGAAACUUUUGUUAUUGACCAAAUACUUAUUUUCCACCAUAAUUUGCAAAUAAAUUCAUUAAAAAUCCUACAAUGUGAUUUUCUGGAUUCUUUUUCCUCAUUUUGUCUGUCAUAGUUGACGUGUACCUAUGAUGAAAAUUACAGGCCUCUCAUCUUUUUAAGUGGGAGAACUUGCACAAUUGGUGGCUGACUAAAUACUUUUUUCCCCCACUGUAUAUACAGUAUUCUAUACUAUUCUACUGUAUCAUAGUCCAUGCCGCUCUGACCGCUUGUCCAUAUAUGUAUAUAUUCUUAAUUUAUUCCUUACUUAGAUUUGUGUGUAUUGGGUAUAUGUUGUGAAAUUGUUAGAUAUUACUGCACUGUCGGAGCUAGAAGCACAAACAUUUCGCUACACCCGCAAUAACAUCUGCUAAACACGUGUAUGUGACCAAUAACAUUUGAUUUGAUUUGAAUAUCACCAAGGACACACCUGUGUGUUAGUUGUCACUGUAUAUUAUUGUGCAUUAUACAAUGGGUGGGUCUAAUCCUGAAUGCUGAUGAGUUAAAACCGCAUUCCAGCCGGUGUCUAUUCUACAAGUUACCACUGGCUAAAUCUAUGACGCUUACUCUGUUCCAUCUGACUGCACAAUCCACUGUCUCAUCAGCCAAGCAAUUUAUAAUAUUGAUCUCCACUAUAAAAAAAAAAACCAUCUAGACAUUAUCUCACAUUUCUUUUAGACUAUCAUUUAGUUUUCAACAGCGGAGAUUUGUAUGAACCUUGCUGUCUGUCUCUCCGACAUUUGCAACAUUGUUUCAAUAUUUAAAUUAGAUCUCCAAAUGUCCCGUAGUAAUGAACGUGUCAGAAGUCGGGACGAGACAGACAGGCAGGCAGCUUUUCUCAGCCAGUCAAAAUCAUGAAUUAGCUGGCAUCAUUUUUAUGGAUGUAUACAAAGAAAUGUCAAUUGAAAAAGGUCAAACGAAACGAAGUGCAGCUAUUUUGCAGUCUUUCCAGCUUCAGUUUGAAGUGAUUGUGUUAGCUGUGUUGUUGGCUAGCUCAUCUGAACAACAGUGUCCUGACGAGUGAGCACAUUUUCUAUGCCAGGCGAAAUCACACCUCAUUAGCUCAUUGUUAUGGCUGUAAAUUAGCCGUAGUUGUCUAGCUAGCAAGCAAGGGAUAAGAACGUUGCCAGCCAGUAUGGCAAUGGAACAUUUAGAACGAACGACUGGGUCGCGUCCAUAGAUACAGAACAAAAAGACUGAACGACUGGAUUGCUUCUUUAGCAACCGAACUGAUAGAGAGAACGACCAGCCGGCUUGGGUAGCAACCCUAGAUUUGUGUCUGGACUAUAUCUUGUGGAAGGAUGAAAGGGUAUGAAUAAAUUAAUAAAAAUAACGUCUUUGACAUAUUUACAUUAAUCAUUAUUUGAAUAUGUUGGUAACCCGUUGUAUAAAAGUGAUAAUGCCCUUGAAGCCGGUGUUUGGAGGAUAUAUUGGCAUGGUUUGCAGGCCCUUGACCACCCAUUCCAAUAUACCUCCAAACACCGGCUUCUCUGGCAUUAUCACUUAAACGUGUUCUUUAUUGUACUCUUAAGCUACCCUGUGUUAGAUGUCUGUUCAGCAUGUGUGGAGUGUUAGAUAAGAGAGAAGUGUGCUUCUGUUGUGCUGCCCAGAUCAAGGGGAUUUAGUAUAAUAAUUGAUCACUUGAAUAGACAAAUGCAUAUUCAAAUUCUGAGGACAAGUCUGUCCCUAGGUGUAGCUGUUUUAAAGAGCAAUGUAUUACCCAAACCCCCAGACAAUCUGAUCACAUGACAUUGGCAGUCUAGUUGCUACUCUACUGACUGACCUAGGACAAUCAAGAAAAUAUCGUUUUCAAGAUGUACAACUUUGGUCUGUAAUAUCUGAACUGUUAGAGUCCUAUUCACUAUUACCGUUCAUUGUUUCCCAUUCCUCCUUUUUACACUAGACCUUUAGACUGUGGACUGAUGACACACUGCCAGGUCGCAGUUGUAAAUGAGAACUUGUUCUCAACUGGCUUACCUGGUUAAAUAAAGGUGAAAUAAAAAAAUUAUUAAAAAAACACACACACAUACACCAGUGUUCAUUUUGGCGCAAUUUUUUAGAUUUAGUCUUAUAUCAUUAAGUCUUAGUCACAUUUUUGUAAUUUGAAUAUUGAUUUAGUCUAGUUAUUGUCAAAAUGACAAACAGUGGGCCAUUUUAGUCAACUAAAAGCCCUUUCAUUUUAGUCACAUCACAUUUUUAUUGCCUCAUUAACUUAUAGUAAACAUAAAUCACUUACUUCCAUGUGCACAAACAGCCUUGUUCUACAAACAAAUUUUUCUGCAUUGCAUCCUAUUGCAUGAUUCUCUUCCCAACAGCCAAAUUGGCAGAAGAACACAUUACUCAGCUGCAGAUUAAAAAUCACCCAUUGACAGGGCUCCAGACUAACAUUUUCUCCUGGUGGCACUGGUGCAAAUUACUUUUUCAGUUGGUGGCACCAGCCCAUGAUUUGGUUGCACCAAUUUAUUUCCCCUGGCGUUACACAAUAGAAAAUAUUUGUUAUCACCUUAUAAAGUCAUUCACAGUGCUUUAGACUGUGUAAUAGACUACUGAGAUGGUAGGCUAUUCAAUAAAUAAGUUAUUUCAUCUAACAUGUCCAAGCAGGAAUGCAUGAUUCACUCGCAAUGGCCGAUGCCAAUAGUUGCUAUUGAGCUCAAUAUUAAGAGAUGACAAAUAGGAAGUUGAGAACAACAUUAGUUGCAUCCAAGGCUAUGUAUUUCCCGCAAUUACAUUUUGAAAUGUACAACCAGAAGCUCACUCAUCAAUGCAGCAGGCCCCAGCAAAACAGGCCCAGGAGCUGGGCAGACUCUUUCAUUACAGGAAUUGUGAGGAUAAUGCACUUUACUGUUUGACCAAAUCAAAAAAAUUGAAAGUUUUUUGAAACUUUUGAGUAAUGUGGCCAUAAUGAAUGUUCAGCUGGCGCUGAUGUGACCAAUUCAAAAUGUAACUUGCACAACCAAGUCAAAAGGUCUCAAAAUGCGACUAAAUGGUCGCAGUCUGGAGCCCUGCCCCUUGACAUACUGUAGCUAUAUUGUAAUCAAAGUUCUGUCAUAAGUAGUGGUCUGUUAGGUUGUAGCAAACUAACUAGCUAGCAUUAUCAAGCUUUUAUUACCUGAACAUAUACACACAGUAUAUUGGGAUGGUGCACUUUCAGAUUUCUCUUGAGGUUGGUAGUAUUUUCCCCCCCAAACUACUUAAGUCGUACUUUAAAGUAUUUUUACUAAGUACUUUACACCACUGGUCUUCUCCUGUGGAAACGUUGCAUUCGGUCUUGUUUGAAUCGACAUGAUAAGUAAAGUGUCUCCAAAAGUUGCCCCCUUUUCUACCAGGAGCUUGUGCCAUGGAGAGUAGCCAUGGCAUGUGCCUUAUUUGCAUCAAUGAUGUGUUGCCGCCAGAUUGGAGAGCGGUUGAAUCUCUCCAAAACUCUUGUCCAGUCAGAUUUUAGUCACAGAGAUAAUUUACUCUUCUCAUUUUCGUCAACUGAAAAUAAACAAUUAUUUUUGUUUAGUUAUAAUUUUUUCUAGGUCUAUUUAGUCAGUUAUCGGCUCGUUAAUUGCCACUGAAGAAUAUGUGUUUGACCAAUAUUUUCAUUUUUUUGUGUGACUAAAUUAACACUGACACACACAGGACUUUGGCUGCAGUGCAGUGAAUAUCACAAUUUACAUGACCUUACCCUCUGUCUUAACUAAACUUCAAAACUGAGUUUUGAACUGUUAAGUUAAAGGCCCGGAAUAAAUGCAUAAGGUCGGUUUGUAAGAGCUUAUGAGUUCUUACUUAUUUCACAAUAUUUUCAGUAUUAAUGCAAGAGGAUUUGGUGUAAUAGUAAUUCUAUAACCAACAGGGCCACAUGAGCACGGUCAAGUCAUGAUACAAACCUCCCAGUGUUCCAAACCCAUGACCUAACCUCUGUCAUUACAAAUGUCCAGGGAAGUUUUUUGGGAGUAAUUAAAAAAUAUCAAAUUAUGGCAUCUGUGAAGUUGGUCAAGCAAGAAGGCCUAACUGAUAGCUUGAGGUGGGGGGGUUUCUUGGUGGGUUGUGUUAUUCCUGCUGUCUCGGUUUCUGUGUGUCUGAAGGGCACCCUCAUUAGUUUCAAAAGUCUUAGGAAUGCAUUCAUUGUGAUGUGGGUGGGGGAUGUGGGGUGAGUGGACAGGUCAUCUUGGUCAAUCACUCCGACUGCAUACACAGCCCUCUCAGGAGGCAGAGCAGCUUAUCUCCAUCACACACCAUUACACAAAGCCUGUAGUGCUGUGUGUAACUACCUUGUGUGCUGUAUCACACCGUCUCAGAGAUGGUGUGUGUUUUUGUGCUGAUUUCACAGUGACAUUGAGUUACACCUCUACUGUGUGCUGACCUGUGGUUGUAAAUAAUAAUAAUAUAAAUAAUAUGCCAUUUAGCAGACGCUUUUAUCCAAAGCGACUUACAGUCAUGCGUGCAUACAUUGUGUAUCCUAAUAUUUCUUAUCUAAUGUACAGUAAUUCUGUGGAGCAGCACAUUGUUGUAAUAUUAGGCUAAGGGGGAGGGGAGGGGAGUGGAAUGAGAAACUGGGUGAAAGGUAGUUACAGAAGGCCCAGUUUCCACAAGGAAAUGAUGGGUAUUUAUGCUUAGUUUUGCCUUUUUGGAAGUAUGAGUGCACACACAAAGUUCUAUAUUUGUGGAGUGAUGAAACUAGUGUUCCUUCCUACACUACCUUGUUUGUGUGAGCAGAGCAUCCCCAUCCCCUGCGAGGAUGUGUUGGGUCUUUCAGAGGAGUAAUAAAUUAGUUCAGUCAUGCAGCAGCCUGUAAAGACGGAGUUCUUUGUUAGCAUCUUCUACAGUGCCUUCAGAAAGUAUUCACACCCCUUGACUUUUUCCACAAUUUGUUGUUACUAAGUGGGAUUAAAAAUGAUUUAAUUGUAAUUUUUUGUCAAUGAUCUAUACAAAACACUCAUGUCAAAGUUGAUAUGAAAAGCCCCCCCACACACACACACACACACACACACACACACUAAUAUAUCUUGAUUAGAUAAAUAUUCAACCCUGUAAGUCAAUACUUGUUAGAAUAACCUUUGGCACUGAUUUACAGCUGUGAAUCUUUCUGGGUAAGCCUCUAAGAGCAUUCCAGACCUGGAUUGUGCAACAUUUGCCCAUUAUUAUUUUAAAAAUUCUUCAAGCUCUGUCAUAUUGGUUGUUGAUCAUUGCUAGACAACCAUUUUCAGGUCUUGCCAUAGAUUGUCAAGCAGAUUUAAGUCAAAACUGUAACUCGGCCACUCAGGAACAUUCACUGUCUUCUUUGUAAGCAACUCCAGUGUAGAUUUGGCCUUGUAUUUUAGAUUAUUGUCCUGCUAAAAGGUGACUUAAUGUCUGGUGGUUUUUAUUCUGGAAGAACUCCCAGGUCCUCAACGAUUACAAGCAUACCCAUAACAUGAUGGGGCGGCAGGUAGCUUAGUGGGUAAGAGCGUUGUGCCAGUAACCGAAAGGUCGCUGGUUCUAAUCCCCGAGCCGACUAGGUGAAAAAUCUGUCGAUGUGCCCUUGAGCAAGGCACUUAACCCUAAUUGCUUCUGUAAGUCGCUCUGGAUAAGCGCGUCUGCUAAAUGACUAAAAUGUAAAUGUAAUGCAGCCACCACUAUGCUUGAUAAUAUGGAGAGUAGGACUCAGUAAUGUGUUGUAUUGGAUUUGCUCCAAACAUUACACUUUUGUAUUCAGGACAAAAAGUGAAUGAAUUGCUUUUCCACAUUGUUUUUUCAGUAUUACUUUAGUGAGUUGCAAACAGCAUGCAUGUUUUGGAAUAUUUUUUACAUUUUGUACAGGCGUCCUUCUUUUCACUCUGUCAAUUAGGUUAGUAUUGUGAAGUAACUACAAUGUUUUUCAUCCAUCCUCAGUUUUCUCCUAUCACAGCCAUUAAACUAUGUAACUGUUUUAAAGUCCCCAUUGGCCUCAUGUUGAAAUCCCUGUGCGGUUUCCUUCCUCUCCGGCAACUGAGUUAGGAAGGACGCCUGUAUCAUUGUAGUGACUGGGUGUACACCAUCCAAAGUGUAAUUAAUAACUUCAUCAUGCUCAAAGGGAUAUUCAAUGUCUGUUUGUUUUUUUCAUCUACCAAUAGGUGCCCUUCUUUGUGAGGCGUUGGAAAACCUCCCUGGUCUUUGGUUGAAUCUGUGUUUGAAAUUCACUGUUCGACUGAGGGACCUUACAGAUAAUUGUAUGUGUGGGGUACAGAGAUGAGGUAGUCAUUCAGAAAUCUUGUUAAACACUAUUAAUGCACACCGAGUGAGUCAAUGCAACUUAUUAUGUGACUUGUUUAGCACUUUUUUACUCCUGAUCUUAUUUAGGCUUGCCAUAACAAAGGGAUUGAAUACUUCUUGACUCAAGACAUUUCAGCUUUUCAUCUGUAAUUAAUUUGUAAAAAAUUUGAAAAACAUAAUUCCACUUUGACAUUAUGGGGUAUUGUGUGUAGGCCAGUGACAAAAAAAUUGAAACCGAAAGGCUUUGUUGUUUCCUGGGUCCCAUGCUGCUUCGCUACAGUGUGGCUCUGUGAACUGUUAGAGCAGGGGACUCCAUGGUGAGGUGGUUCAGUCAUCUGAGGUAGUGGUUUGGAUUGGGAAUCCCCACUGACUUCAUUAUAGAAGGCUUAAAAGCAACAUCAAACAAAAACACACAGUAAUUGUAUCAGAAUUAAAUAUGAUUGCAUCAUAAUAUAGCCAACUGUAAAACAAAUAAUAUAAUGUCACAGAGAUUAGUUUCACAGGCCCACACACAUUUCAUGGCAUUUGUCCUCCCAUAAAACCUGAAUGUAACUACAUUCUCCUCCUUUCUCCCUGCCUCUCUCAUCUCCCCCUCCCUGCUCCUCUCUCCUGCUACCCUCCCUGCCUUUCCAUCAGCUACGACCUAGGCAUGGAGAACCGCGACGCCACGGACGACAAGGUGACCGUUGAGGCGGCAGAGGCGACGCGACGAUACAACGUGGGCAUUAAGUGUGCCACCAUCACGCCGGACGAGAACCGGGUGAAGGAGUUCAAGUUGAAACAGAUGUGGCGCUCACCCAACGGAACCAUCCGUAACAUCCUGGGAGGCACCGUGUUCAGGGAGGCCAUAAUCUGUAAGAACAUCCCUCGCCUGGUGCCCGGCUGGGUCAAACCCAUCAUCAUCGGCAGGCACGCCCAUGGAGACCAGGUAACCUUUUUAACCAACCGUUCAGCAGUAUAACCCUUACUAACCAUUCAUCAACCCUUCUUUACUCCCUGCACCCCUAAUGAGUGUCUCUCAAGGUUGCUCUCUAGGCCCUUCUUCCUCCCUCACUUCCUUAAAUCUAACCUUUUGAAGGUAAUUAAUUACCUCAAAGGUGGAAGUCUGGAUGCUAGGCCGUAGGUAGACGAAGCAAUGUGUUAGUGGUUCCCUGUCUCUGUUAACACAUUUUCAAUGAAGGGAGAUCUUGUACAUUCCCCAGUUGAUCACAUGUUAACUUCAUGCCGACUAGAGAUGUGGUUGUCAGGCCUGCUCACAGAGAGACAGAUGGGCAGGCAGGGGACUGGUGUUGUCACUGAAGGCUCAGUCAGUCACUGAUUUAAAUGGAUGUGUUGCCCUUUGGACCAUGAUGUUGACACACUAUCUCCCUGGAUCCAAGACUCAAACUGCUACAUCAUUCAUACUGGACUGCAACUAGAGGAUAAUAGAACAUGUACGUGGCACCAUGCCAUAGUUAAUAUGCUUGAACUCAAAUGAGAAAUGUCGUGAGCACUUUGGGUUGGUUACGGAUUUUGAGAAUCCUGUCACGUUACGGCCUGGAUGCAUGAUAAGCAGGAUACAUGUUUUGUAUUACUGCUAUUUCCGAUUUGCUUUUUCUGUUGCAUCCACACUCCUGAUUGGUAGAAGUCAUUCGGAACAAUGUUUCAUAUUAGCCCAAUAUAUCUGUUCCUCAGCUCUACAACAGCAUUGUAACCUGUCAUCUAUUCAUAAAGAACUGUUAUCUAACCAGUGGAUAUUAGUAAUAAUUAGGUGGGUGCUUAUAUUUGUCCUAUUUCAUACACGUACAAGUGUGUAUUAAUACGCAUGUGUGAAUUGGAAAUGUGUUUUUAGCAUAUCCCCCUGAGACGCCCUCGGAGAGUGGGGUCACACCCAGGGUCUGCCAUUAUUACCUGUUGCACCAGAUGGGUUGCAUUGCUGUUUUUCUCCACUAGAUGGAGCCCUGUCUGUAUUACAUCUAUUGACCUCUCAUCCUGCCUCUUUUCACAGUACAAAGCCACAGACUUUGUAGUCCCGGGGCCUGGGAGAUUGGAGAUGAAAUUCACACCGAAGACUGGGGAGCCAAUGAACUUUGUCGUCCAUGACUUUGAAGGUAAAACCAUCUUUGUGCUUGUAAGGGAAAUAAUGUCCAGUACAGCUUGUCUCCCUUACAUAACAUUGUGUUAGUCAAUACGAGAUAGCCUAUGGUGCCAGCCUGGGUAUCUUUACAUAUGUUUGCAGUGUAAAUAUUACAAAAUGAGAACAUCGUUAUCUGAUUUAACUCUGCUUGAAGGAUAAAUCACCCAUGUACCUCCCUUUCCUGAACAUACUCUUGACAAACAUUGAACUUUGAUUAAGGUUGGCUCCAUCGUUCUGUUUGAACCUUCAAAAUGAGGAAAGGCUGUCUUAAUGAGGCUGUGUGUGCAUGCAUGUUUCUUUGUGUGUGUUUAUGUGAGUGUGUACAGUAUCUUCAUGAGAUUGAUGCAUGUGUCUGUCUCUCUUCUCUCCAGGUUCAGGUGGCGUGGCUCUGGGGAUGUACAACACAGACAGCUCCAUCAGGGACUUUGCCCACAGCUCCUUCCAGAUGGGCCUGGUUAAAGGCUGGCCUUUGUACCUCAGCACCAAGAACACCAUCCUCAAGAAGUACGACGGACGCUUCAAAGAUAUCUUUCAGGAGAUCUACGAGAAGUAAGACUGCCUAACCUCAGAACAUUUAAUCAACUCGAGUAAAUCAUUGUCCCUAUUGGCAAUAUAAUUUUCAGGAAGUAGACAAUACACAUGAAACAUGAUCAUCAUAAACAAAGUAUGGUUGAUGAUAUAUGGUCAAUGGCAGACAAGCCCCCCCAACUACCAUGCCUCUUUUCAAUGUAUGACUCACAAGUUUAGAAUGGACAGUUUUAAGGUUUAGGUGUAUAAACCCUGUUCUCAGACCUGUUCCUGUGUGUGUCGUAGGGAGUACCGCUCUAAGUUUGAGCAGAAGGGGAUCUGGUAUGAGCAUCGUCUGAUUGAUGACAUGGUGGCUCAGGCCAUGAAGUCUGAUGGAGGAUUCAUCUGGGCCUGCAAGAAUUAUGACGGAGACGUCCAGUCUGACUCUGUAGCACAAGGUGAGAUGGUCUACAUGUAUACUACAGUAGCUAGCUCUGAGGGAUAUACAGUAUUACGUGAUGAUUUACUGUUUAGCUAGGCUUUCUGAAUGAAAACAAUGUCAUUGGCUACAUUGCUAUAUUUCUCACCUUUUAAAUGUAGGUUUAAGGCAGACUAUACACUGUAUUCAAAUAGAAAUUGAGUUACACUUUUAGCAACAGGAGUUCCAGGAUAAUGAGGAGAAUGCUUAUUUAGUUGUUUUUUUCCACAGUCGCCCAUUCUGGCAGAACAAGCUUUUAGAUCCAGUUUGCUGUUAAGCACUUUGCGACAGAUAUAUUUAAUGCAUUUGUGUGUCCACCAGGCUAUGGGUCCCUGGGUAUGAUGACCAGUGUGCUCAUCUGUCCUGACGGUCGUACAGUGGAGUCAGAGGCUGCCCACGGCACAGUUACACGCCACUACAGACAGCACCAGCAGGGCAAGGAGACCUCCACCAACCCCAUUGGUAAAUAACACACUUAUACAAUGAAAUGGAACAUAUUAUAUUGUAUCUCUCUGACUGAUACCUGCUAAAAACCUCUAAAAACCUCUAGCCUAGCUUCUUCCUUUUCAGUGUUUUUAGAUCUGAAUGUACCAGCCAAGAGAAAUAAAGGCAAUACAAGGACCUAGGAAAAGAUGGCCCUUAUGUGUUGUGGUUGUGUGUGUGUGCAGCGUCCAUCUUUGCGUGGUCGCGGGGGCUGCUGCACCGGGCGAAGCUGGAUGACAACGCAGAGCUGCGUGUGUUUGCUGAGGCCCUGGAGGUUGUCUGCAUUGAGACAAUCGAGGCUGGUUUCAUGACCAAGGAUCUGGCUAUCUGUGUCAAAGGCAUGGCAGAGUGAGUAUCUCUCUCACUCUCUCUCACUCACACACAGACACACAGACACACAGACACACACACACACACACACACACACAGUAAACCUGAUUAUGAAACUAGACUGAUUCAAACUUUCUUUCUUUCUCCUCCUUCAUCUUACUUUUCUCCUCUCCUCCUUUCUUAGUACCAAACGCUCAGACUACCUGAACACCUUUGAAUUCUUGGAUAAGCUGUCAGAGAACCUGAAGAUCAAGAUGUCCAACCAACCCAAACUGUGAUCUCCUCAUCUCCCAAUCACACACACUGUUGAUACCCGGACUAUGGGCCCCAAGCCAAUACUGAACCACUGACUGAUGAUUGUCAUGAUUUAAGAAAUCUGAGAGUUAAGUGUGAGUAUCCAAGUUAGGAUUCCGCCAAGUAGGAUCUUAUGACUGUCAAUACCAUCACAUACAGAGGGCUCCAGAAAUCAGACUGGACACAGAAAGAGUCAGUGAUAUAUUUUGCGAUAAUUGCACGAUGGUUUUUUUAAUGAUGAUGUGUGUGUUUUUAAGUGUUGUCUGUCAGUGAUCAGUACUAGGGGAUUGUCCUGCCGGAGUUUGUCCGAGGGUGGUCUUAACCUUGUUGCCUUAUUUGUUUUAUGUCAAGUAAUCGAUCUCAGUCUGUCACACAUAAUAUAUUCCAUGACAACCACUGUAGUAGACAAAAGCCUGCUUGAUUUUUGAUUAUGUUGACGGUGUCUUUGAUUCACAUAAAGGUAUUAGCAUCACUUACUCCUUAUGGAUGGUUGUGGAAGGGGUUGUUGUGAGCCUGCUGGUUGUCUUUGUGUGUAUAAUCCAUAGCUUAACACUUUACCCCUCAAAUACAGAAACCAGUGUCAAUGUACAUCUGCCAGUAAGCACAUAGUAUCAGGGGUUGUAGGUUUGUACUCAACGGUGUGUGUGGUUAGAAUAUCAACUCAAUAAAUGUUUUUAUUUUAAGUAUUUGUCUAUUACCACAUCGAUCACAAUGUUAAAAAAUAUAUAACUAUGUUUAUCUAGCUCCACUAUAUCUUACAAGAACAGCUUUGGAAGUUUGUAGAAAUACAUUUUCCUCUUAAAGUUUGCCACCAGAUGGUGCCAUUGUAAUCCAUGUGACAUUGUCAUGAUUGAGCGUCGUGAUGAUGUCUGUGCAUAUUGCUUUCUUUAACUGCUCUCAAAACACUGAAUAUAAUGCUAGGUUUGCAAAGUAACACCUGGUACAAAGCAGUAUCAGAGUAAUCAUGCAAACCAAUAUGACUACUAUUAAUGCACAAUAUCAUAGGUUGACAACCUGGACUAAGCCUGUAUUCAGUCACUGAAGUGGAAUGAAUAUAUAAUCCAUAGCUUCUUUAAUUUCAUGCAGAGAUAAAAUAAUACAUUGGAUAUGAAUAGCCUAUUGUCUAUCAGUUGCAGCACGACAUCCCUAUAAUCCUAAUAUAGCACUGUCUGGAUGACUGACUGUGGGUGAUGUGUCCACAUGGGGAGGAUAGGCCUACAGCGGUGCACUGUCCUCACAUACACACUCAGGAGCACCCUUGACAUGAUUAGCUUUUUGCAACAGAUGGAAUCCACUUGGUUAAUCCAACGGAAACAGAGAUGGAUAGAUGGACCCAGAGGAAAGGAAAGCAGAGGCACUUGGACAUCCAAUGGUAGAUGGAGAAAACCAAGGUUUCCAAAAAGGUAUCAAAGCCUGCAGGGCUGCUACUAUUGUCCCAAAAUAAUUGGAUUUUGUCCGGGAGAAGGAAGUCUCAUUUGCCAGUCUGAGACUCCACAAAGAUGGCUGUGCCACUGAAAGACCAGGAUCAUUAUCUGUGAAUGUGAACAGUGGUUACUGUUUUCAAUCAGGGAUGGAUGGGCCAACAUGGCAUGUUGUUGAUGUCUCUGUCUUAUUGAUCUGUCAGCCCUCAGAGGGAGUAAACCCAGCUAGCACAUAACAUUCAGAAAAUGUUUCUUAGAGCUUGGUGAGUGUGUGGUUGUCCUAUGGUUAUUUUGCAUUCAAUCGUCCCAAAACUUUCUGGGAAUGGUGCAGGAUAGUUGCUUGGCUUUGGAACAUUCUCAGCACAUUUAAGGAACUUGAUAAAAAAAUAAUUUCAUUACUUGAACAGAACGUUUCCUAAAAGUUUAAACAUGGUUACAUUUAAUUUUGGUUGUGUUCUUGGAACAUUCUCCAACUGGUUUGACAUUGGGAAUGUUUUCAGAUUGUUCCCAGAAUGUUAAGAAACAACAUUCUUCUGUGG